GAAAUCCUUAUGGUAAUGUCACAUGUUUCUCUCCCCCCGUGUGUGCUUUCAUGGUUGUUGCUAUAUAUAUAUAUAUAUUAAGGGCGUCAAAGAGGUGCUUUGAAUGUUGCAUAUUUACGGUACUCCAAAAUUUCCGAGGAGAAAAGUAUGGGAAGGUUCGAUGAUUACAAGCCUGCAAUGGCUAUGGCUGGGUUACAGUUCAUUUAUGCAGGGCUUGCUCUCUUUACUAGAGUUGCUCUACUGCAAGGAAUGAGCCCCAGGAUCUUUGUGGUCUACAGGCAAGCCAUAGCAACUUUGGUCAUGACUCCUAUAGCAUGCUUCACAAGAAGGAGGAAUUCUGGGAGGAUCUCGUUGGGAUUAAGGAGCUUUUCUUUGAUAUUUGUGACCUCUCUUAUUGGCGUGACGGCAAAUCAGAAUGCCUAUUUUGAGGGCCUAUACUUGGCCUCUUCAACAGCAGCAAGUGCCAUGACUAAUCUAAUCCCUGCAAUCACCUUUGUAAUGGCAGCCAUUGUGGGAAUGGAGAAGGUUGAUAUCGGGAGCUUGAGAGGCAUUGCCAAGAUAAUAGGCACAGUCUUCUGCGUUGGUGGAGCCAUUUCCAUGGCAUUGCUCAAAGGACCAAAGCUAUUAAAUACAGAAAUAUUGCCACCAUCAAAAGCUGCCUCUGGCACUGGCGAUAAUUGGCUGCUGGGUUGUUUAUCUCUCUUUGGAAGCAGUUGUUUCUGGUCAUUCUGGGUGAUUAUGCAGGUUCCAAUUUCAGUAAACAUUCCUGACCAUUUAUGCUCAUCUGCUUGGAUGCUUUUCAUGGCGAUGCUACAAUCAGCAAUGUUUGCAUUACUAUUAGAGCAUGACUCAGAAGCAUGGUAUCUCCAUUCAAAUGUUGAAUUUGGAUGUUGUUUAUAUGCAGGAAUUGGAUCUGCGGUUACCUUUUUUGUUCAGGCCUGGUGCAUAUCACAAAGAGGUCCACUCUUCUCUGCAAUGUUCAACCCUCUAUGCACAGUCAUUACAACCAUUCUAUCUUCUGCGUUUCUACACGAAGAGUUAUAUGCCGGAAGCUUGGUAGGUGCUUUUGCUGUGAUCAUUGGUUUGUAUGUUGUGCUGUGGGGUAAAGCCAAGGACCUUGAGAAGAUCAAACAAGAGGCGGUUCCAAAGCUGCAACAUGAUCAGGCAAAGAUAGUGCAAGUGUUGAUGCAUGAAUCUUCAGAGGAGAAUAGUAGUGAAAUUGACAUGGAAGAACCAUUACUGUCUAGGAAAUCAAGUGAUGUCGAUGAAAUAAAGGUAGGGACUUCUUUCUCCUCGAUCAUUCUCGUUUGCGUCAUUUUCUUUGGACAAAGAACAAUUGGGAACCGGAUUCCGAAGAAGAUAAAGGAAAGAAUAUCUUUAUUGCAGAUUUAUUAAUAAAUAAAGAUAAUUAGUCCCAAUUAUUGUGAGAAAAAGACCCUCAAAAGUGAUGCAAGCCACGUAUAAAUGGAAAUUC